GCCUGGAAAGCCCCAGGCUGUGGCCUAGCACAAGGCCAACAGGUAAAUGCGGGUGUCUUUGCUGAGCAGAUCCAGUUUCUACAGAAUGAUGAGACCCAAUUACCUCAGUGGAAGAAACUGAGUCCUGGCCACUAAACCCUGAGAAAUAAGAGGUCAUCACUCAAAACUUGAGCUGUCCUGUGAUUACAGUAAAGGGCAGGGAAAACAGAAGUUCCCCAUUCUACCUUCUCCCAGUUCCUGCAGAAAGAGGAGCUUCAAGAACCUGAGCUGAGAAUCCUGAGUCCUGGCCACUGAACCCUGAGAAACAAGACCUCAUCACUUCAAGCUUGGGCUGUCUUGUAGUUACAGGGUGUUUUAUUGUUCCUGGACUCAAACUAUGGCAGACAGAGACUGGGGAAACCAAACGGCCAUCACAGAAUUCAUCCUUCUGGGAUUCAGGGAUCUCCCUGACCUGCAAAUUCUUCUCUUCCUGAUGUUCCAAGUGAUCUACAUGGCAACCGUGGCUGGGAACACCCUCAUCGUGGUGCUCAUUGUGGCUGACCAGCACCUUCACACCCCCAUGUACUUCUUCCUGGGCAACUUGUCCUGCUUAGAGACCUGCUACACCUCAACCAUCCUGCCCAGGUUGCUGACCAGUCUCCUGACUGGGGACAAAACCAUCUCAUUCGGUGGCUGCAUCACACAACUGUAUUUCUUUGCUUCUCUGGCAUGUACAGAAUGCUAUCUCCUAGCAGCGAUGUCUUAUGAUCGGUAUUUAGCGAUAUGUAAACCCCUGCACUAUUCAACUCUUAUGAAUAUCAGGUUUUGCCUCCAGUUGGCUGCUGGGUCCUGGUUAAAUGGUUUUUUGGCUGUUACCAUCCUUGUCUUAUUUGUAUCGCAGUUAAUAUUCUGUGGCCCAAAUGAAAUUGACCAUUUCUGUUGUGAUUCCAUCCCACUGAUGGAACUCUCCUGCAGUGACACGCACCAGGUCAUACUGGUGGAUUUCAUAAUAGCCUGUGUAUUCACCCUGCCUCCAUUCCUACUAACCCUGACAUCCUACAUGUGCAUCAUAUCCACCAUCCUGAGAAUCCCUUCCACCACUGGGAGACAAAAGGCCUUUUCCACCUGCUCCUCUCACCUGAUUGUGGUGACAAUUUUCUAUGGAUCCGCAAUGAUUGUGUACCUGCUACCGAAACAUGAUAUACUGAGAGACCUGAACAAAGUGAUCUCCCUUUGCUACACGGUCCUGACUCCCCUGGUAAACCCCCUCAUCUACAGCCUGAGAAACAGAGAGGUCAAGGAAGCCUUGUGCAAAGCAGUCAGUAAAUGUGGCUUUCACAACAACGUGCAGAUACACCUACAUAAUAAUGUAACUUGACGUUUUCAAAGCUACCUGGGUGAUUUCAGCCAUCAGCCCCCAUUAAAAUUAAGUUGAAAACUCCCUUUGAAAAUCUCAGCACUCAGUGUUGUCCAUCUCAGCGGAAGGAUCAGGGUGGGAGAUGGCCAUAACCAUGUUUCCUUCAUGGAGUUUUUAACUGGGCAGUAGGCAAAGUGGAGACAAAAUUUUAACCAUAAAAAGCCAUUUUUGAUCUAAAUAAAAGUUUAGACAAUAAAAAUAGUAACUCCUUGUGUUGCAUA